AUGCAAUGGAAAUUGGAAUAUAAAGAACCUAAAGGUACAUACAAAAAUGAACAGAUGAAAAAAUACAUGAUGGUACAAAAUGGUGAACCAAAUUAUCAAGAAGAUGAUAAUAUCAUACAAGGAAAUAGAAAAAUUGGGCUAAAAAUGAUAUUACAUACAUCAAUGGGAAUAUACCUUAAUGAUCCAUUAUGGAAUAAUGGAAAAAGGCAUUGGAAAAUAAAUAGAAUACUAGAAGAAAUAUAUCGCACUGAUAAAAUAGGAAUAAAAUGGGUCGUAAUACAUAUUGGAACAGCUGCAGAUAAAAAUCGGUCAGACAUGAUCGACAAUAUCAAUGAAAUACUAAAAGAACUAGUUCAACAACAAUUAGAAAUAGGUAUAUUAUUAAAAAACUUAGCAAGCAAUAAUUGCUAUGGUGCAACAAUACCAGACCUUAUGGAUAUAGUGAAUAGUAUAGAUCAACAGUUAAGGUUUAAAAACAAAGAAAAAUCCAAGAAAAGGAUUGGAAUAUGCUUCGACACCCAACAUUACUACGUGGCGGGUGGAGGCAAGAGAAUCAAUGAAUAUCGAAAUAUAUACAAUAAGUAUGGUCAUGAAAUAAUAGUAACACAUGUGAACAAUAGUCCACCAGAAGUGAUAUUCGGUAAAGGAAUGGACAAGCAUGCGCAUAUAAUGGAUCCAGCAGCAAAAAUACCUAUAGAAGUCUAUCAGAUGAUAGCAGGGCAUAAAGAG